UGUGUGUGUGUGCGUGUAGUCCCGCCCUUGACAUGCGGAUAGAUGAAUGACAUCUCAACUAGCCAAUCACAGACGUCUUAUAAACCCUUACAGCCAAUCCUGUCAUAGGAGGCGGGAUUUCUCGGAAUACAGGUUUAACAAAGCAAAAUGGAAAUAUUUUCAGCCCUCCGGCUGGCAUUCACAGCAUUAAACAGAGCUGAACAAACAGUACUAGCAAAAUCAAGUUUAACAAAGCAAAAUGGAAAUAUUUUCAGCCCUUCCGGCUGGCAUUCACAGCAUUAAACAGAGUUGAACAAACAGUACUUCACUUCUGGACAUACCUGGGGGAAGUAUUGCUUUGAGAGAUUGAAAACAGAUUGUUGUACAUGGUGGGGUGCCCAUGCUGCUGAGAUAUUUUAUACUUCAUAUUUAUAUUUAUGCAGAAUGAAAUACAGAUGUUUCUGUCUGGUAUGCCCACACACACACACACACACACACACACACACACACACACAACCAAAACUACAUUACAGUUAUAAUACAUUUAGCAAAAUCAAGUAUGUAAUGCAUCCUAGAAAAUAUUGAGAUAAUUUUCGACUGAUUUCUAGAUAUUUUAUUACUACAUAUAGGCCUAGUCCAUAUUCAUACCAGACACUGACUUUCAGUAACUAACAUAUCAUAAACAAAAUGGCUAGUUUAUCGUGAACAAUGGAUAUUUCUCGCUUAUUUACAGACUGAUUUAAAUGCAUUUUUAAAAAGGACUUGUUACCAUCCGGUGAAUUUAAUACCCACCGCAAGAGCCAAUGGCGCCAUCUAGUGCCUAGCAGGAACUCCUGCAGCGGGAUUUCACAUCUGUCCUGAUGGAUCCCAGCAGCGAUUUUUCCACACCUAAUAACAAAAUGCAAAACAAAAGCAGUCAUUGGGGAACUUUUAUGGCGUUGUGAAACCAGUCAUUAAACAGCAGGGAGGAACAAUGGACCAGUCUUAAUUCUUCGUUAAUUAAAUGACUAGCUACAUCACAAAAUGCCUUGAUACUUUGUCAUUGUUUUUCUCUCAGACCAGUACUCAGAUGCUACAUGAUUCUGCAAUACUGUUUCAGAUAACUGUAAUAAAAUGUCGCUAAAAUUAAAUAAGGGGGUGAAAAACAUUGCAAAUAAUUUUUAUGCUAGGUUUUUGUAGAUCCACAUUCACCAUACCUUACAAAUACAAAUGACUUUAAAAUUGAGAAGGUGUGGUUUGGUCGUGUCUCAUUUGUGACCUGAUUCACUUCUCUUAAUAGUGAGGAAUGCAGAAGAUGACAUUCAGUCAACUUCUGCUAACAUAUGACUCUUUUCUUUUCACCAGGUCCAUUGCAGAAGAUACAACAUGUUUUACCAGAGCCACAGUCCGGAUGUUGUAAGGAGAGGGAAUGCGAUGGAGUUUUACAGCAAUGGGUUUUGCAGAGAAAGCAAUGAAGAAAGGACACUCAAGGUCACCUUGCUUGGAUAUAAGGUCAUAGAGGAAAAGACAAAGUUUACAGUCUACAAGAUCUUAGUGAAGCGUGCACCAGAAGAAAGCUGGCACAUUUUUAGACGAUACACAGACUUUUCUCGACUACAUGACAAGCUGAAGGUGUUUCCUUCGUUUGACUUUGCCCUACCACCCAAGCGCUGGUUCAAGAACUUCAGCGCUGAAUUUCUAGAAGAGAGACAACUGGGCCUGCAAAACUUUCUACAAAACCUGAUUGUUCGUAAAGAUGUGAGAAAUAGUGAGGCAGUCAGAGAAUUCCUUUGUCUGGAUGACCCACCCACUGCUUUUGAAGAUAUUAGAGAGAGAUGGGCCUUCUGUGAGACACUGGGAGGCACCAACUGUUGCCUUCAAAGAGACUUAAUGGAUGAAGAGCGAGAGACUGAGUCCCUGAGAAAUGUCCUGCUGCACAAAGAACUCCAAAUUAGCCAGCCGGAGAGAACAAAGAAUGGCAUGUAUCGAACCCAAGAGAAGCUGAACAGAGAGCCCAGAGAUGUUUUAACAGCACAGGAAUAUAAACAAGUGGAGAGAGACGCCCUCUGGAGACCAAAUAAAAGUUCUGAACUGGGGUUCAUAAGGGGUCAUGGAGCGUGCUGGUGCGGAUCAGCAACUGAAAAUCCAGAAAAGCACAGUUCCAAGAACCCCAUCAAAUAAAUUAACAGAAAGGGGGAAAGCCCUCAGCAAAUAGGGUGCUUUCUUCAAAUCUUCUGUUUGCUCUUAGUCCAUAAUAAGAACAGAAAAGCUGUUUUGUUUAUUUUGGAUGAAUCAAAACUGAUUGAUGCCAGAAAAUGGUUUGGAGCACAAACACUUUUAAUGACUUAAUUGAAAAGAUGAUGUUUGUGAGUACAUUUGUGAUUCUAUAAGGUUUGUUUUAUAGAGAUUUUAUAGGACAUCUGCGUCAAACUCACACUUGGACUAUAGCAGCCAAGGAAAGCAAUGUCUCUCACUCUCUGAUACAAUCUUGCAUACAAUUUUCUGUUUGUUACCCAGAUUUAUGACUUCUGUUUUGGAUUAUUCACAUUUGUGCUUUUGUGAUUUGGAUUGUGGAAUAAAUUGAUACACUCGGAUUCUUCCAAUUCAAA